AAAGUGCAAUAAGAAAGCGCGUAAUAAAGGAGAAAGCAACGGCAAAACAAUUGUUUGGAUUUGGCCUUUUCACGCGCAAUCAGUUGGUCGAAUCCUGAGGAGAUAUUUGAGUUUCCAUAUCGAACAAGAGCGAGGAGACAUAUUUGUAAACAGAAUUUCAAUUUCAAGCACCCCCCGCAAAUUAUGAGCCUCACUUGCUACUCUUUUCUUUGCGCUUUUCCUGUCUACCUUUUUCUGCCAAUUUUGUUUUUUUUUUUUUUUAACCUUAAAAAGUCAUUCAUCCUUAGCCAAUAGCCAGCUAUACUUGCAAUCUAAUUUUCUUCUUCUCUCUUUUGUCCUUCCGUUGAUCUAAAAGAAUUGGAAUAGGUUGGUUGGUAGGGAAAUGGUUAAAAUCUAAGCCAAAGUAUGCUGAUGGAGUGGGUUUGGGAGAGUCAAGAGCAAAACCAUCAAGAAGAGUUGCUGCAACUGCAGAUUGAUCAUGACCAACAAAAUCCCGAUGGGGUUGCAGGGUUGUACGUGAAGGUGAUGACAGACGAUCAAAUGGAGCUCCUCAGGCGCCAAAUCUCUGUCUAUGCCACCAUUUGCGAGCAACUUGCUGAGAUGCACAAAGCAAUCACUGCCCUCCAGGAUCCUUCUGGAGUAGGAACGAGGGUGGGAAAUCUUUAUUGUGAUUCAUUAAUGGUAUCUGGCGGCCACAAGAUGGGUUCGAGACAGAGGUGGACCCCAACACCUCUGCAGCUUCAAAUCCUUGAGCAAAUAUUUGAUGAAGGCAAUGGAACUCCAAACAAGCUGAAGGUCAAGGAGAUCGCAACAGAACUCGCACAACACGGUCAGAUUUCUGAAACUAAUGUUUACAACUGGUUCCAGAACAGGAGAGCUCGGUCCAAAAAGAAGCAAUUGAUUCCACCAACAAACAAUGUGGAAUUGGAAGCAGAAGCAGAAGCACAAGUACGAGUUGAAUCUCUAAAAGAACAGGAUAGCUCAAAUCCAGAAAACAUUCAACUCCAUGAUGAAAAUGAGAACGUUUACUUUCUUAGGACAGAGAUAGAUGAUACUGAAUUCACAGAUUCUGCUGCUAUCUUCCACCAGUUUGGAUCAUUUGAACCUUACACCAAAACAAAGAUGUGAUGAGUUGGUAAAAGCAGAAGAUUUGGUAUUCACUGAGACAUCAACAGGUAGGUAGCGGUCUCAUUUGACUUGGAUGAGAGCGUUUGUAUGUAGUUGGGACUUUGAUUAUUGGACUUAUACUAUAAUAAUAUAAGAGCACAUUUAAUUAUGCAAUAUUGAACUUGUAUAAAUUUAUAUGAUUACCUUGAACUGGGCUUUGAAUUUAGGUGUCACAGUACUUUUGCUGUUAACCAUUUAGGUUAGGUUCAUAAUUAUGCAUUUGUCUUUUUGUUUUUUGAAUAUGCAUUAAUGAGUCAUGAAAUUUUCAUUGUAUUACGGAGAUUAAUUAUUAUUAUUUGAUAAAUGGCAUUUAUUAUUUAUGUCUUA